CGUGCGUCCUCUCCUCGGCAGAGGCUUGCGGCGACCUGCUGUCUGGCCGACACGGCACCUGAGCUUGCGGCUAUGGGGGCGGCGCGGCGGGCGUGGCCUCGGCGGCUGUGCGGCUCCGUGCGCUCCCUCUGCUCCGCCUCGCUCCCGCCGCACAAGGUCGUGCCGAUGCCGCGCCUUGCGCCCACGAUGACCACCGGUAAGGUGCACCAGUGGAACAUCGGGAUCGGCGAUGCCAUCUCGCCGUACGACCUCGUCUUCCAGGUCUCCAUCACAGGUCCGGAGCUCCUCGGCAACGACGCGACCGAGAAGCAGGCCGACGCCGUGGUGGUGAUGGAGAUCGAGUGCAUCGAGGACGGCUUCCUGGCAAAGAUCCUCGCCCCUGUCGGGGCCGACGCAGGGCCCGACCAGCCAAUCGCGGUCAUCUGCGAGGACCCGGACGACGUCGCCGCCUUUGCCAACUACGUGCCUUCGAUCAAGAAGGUGCCGAGCGGACAGUUCCUGUGGCAGGCGUACCUUGUGAGCGGGCUGGAGGCAACCUCUUGCAGCAACAGCUAGCCUAGUUGCGCUCCCCGAACCUCUCAGUGCCGCAGUGGCGGUGACAAACGUCCCGCAGACCCGACCAGGCCGCUCUUGCACUCCCAACUCCUUUUGAGCGCCCGGUCGGCUCGUUUUACAAGAUAACACGUCCUCUCUUGUCUCUCGUCUCUCGAGCGAAUCAGAAUGUCCAA